ACAAGCCGCCAUUUUGUUUGUACGGACGGACCGUCAGAAACGGGAGGAAGGAGAACCGAGGGGAGCGACUCGAACCGACUGUUGCCGCUCUGAGAGUCACAGAGAGCGGGGAGAGGGAGGACGGACUGCCGGUGUUACCGGGAGAGAGAGAGGAAGCAUCAAUACCGUGAGGAGACACCGGAGGAGGAGACAGAGGAGGUGAUAUGAGGAGGAAAUACUCCGACAAGGAGCGGAGACACCGAGGAGGAGACGGAGGGAGAUAUUUUAUCUAACGAGGGGAAAACGGAUAGAGAAAAAUAUUUUUAAAAAAAAAAGAUGAAACGUGAGGAAGAGGAAGGAGAGAGUCCGCAGAGACGGGAAUAAAGAUAGAGAGGUGGAAACCAUCAACGCAGAGAGUUUAUCCAUCAUCAAGAGUCAGUGUGAAGAUUUUCGAAGGUUUUCUUUUUCUCCUACAUGACCAAAACAUCAAACCGAGACUGGCAUGUUUUUGUUUUAAACAUUUUAAACACUCUCUCUGAGAUUUAAAGUGUUGAAAACAGGAGGAACCCGGAGGAUGUACUGUGGCUGAAGUCCCCCACAGAUCAGGAUCAGUCUGACUGAACGAUGACUGACACUUCAUGCUGAGAUUUCCUCCAAUAAAGUCUGCAUCCUGGAGCUGAUUUUUGAUUACAUUUUUUUCCAACCUUUACCAGCCCUUCUGCCUGCUAAAGGCACAUUGCAUAGAGGAGGUUGCAGCAAACAAAUGUGCAAUACUCGUCCCAUGUCUGUGACCAAGUGCCUUGCAUGGUUACACACUUUGUGCACAAUUUAGACAACAUGCAGACAACUUCUGCAUGCAGGAUAAACAUGUGUUAGGCUUUAGGAAGUUUUUGGCUGCUGUGUUUUACUCCUUUUGCAACUGUUGGAUUUCUACAGCAACUUUGAAGCCAGUGUUGCGCUUGAGUGUUGGACAAAUGGUAUUUUAAACCAUCUGCUGGUGAUCAAACGCCACCAGUCUGCUGCUUUUUACUCUUAGAAACCGUCUUCACACAUGCGCCAAACUUAGGAAAAAUUCCCCUUUUUUUCUGAAGGAGCUGCAAUCAAACAGCUAGAUUUUUCAUAAAUGCACAAAAGUCAUAUUCUUUUGCUUGUGUGAAUGCAAACCAUCAAAUUUUCAGUUCAAGGCCUAUUCACACAUGUGCCAAACUUAGGAAAAAAUCCAGAAUAUUUCCAGGUAAGCUGCAUGUGUGAAUGCAUACAACACAUUUUAUUUUACCCUUGUAUUUACCCCUCUCUUGCUGAUGCUGCAGCAACACCAAUAAUUUACAGCUAAAGUUAGCUGACCAGUGUCUGCACAGAGAUAGCCUACCUGCACAGGUGAGACCAAUCUCAACUGCUGCAUGAGAGCCCAUCAUUCAGAGGCUCACUAAGGACUGCGGCUGCUCCAUUUGUAUCAUUAAUUGUUUUCCAAUCCUGACAAAGAUUGUGCUCAGGUUUAUGAGGUUAGAAACAAAUUCUUUGCAGACCAUGGAGGAGAGGAGAGAGAGCAACCUGGAGGAUGGACGGCAUUUAAUCACAAUUAUACAUCACUAUGUGCAUGAAUUUGAAAAAGAAUAGUUGUUUUGUUGCCUUGAAGAGCAGCAAUAAAUUCUGGAAGUUAUUUUGCUUUUUCUAUAAGUCCAACAUUUUUCUGCUCCUCACUUAAAUUAAAGUGAGAGCUGUUUUGGUGGGAGGGGCCAAGCAACGGCUUCAUUUACCACACAUGAGAAAACCUAUGGACAAAUCCAACACAACAGUUAUCAUUUAAUCUGGAUUACCUUGUUUUCACGGUAGUGGGAAGUCUAAACUGAAACUAAUCACUCAGCACAAGUGAGGAGGCUACAUGAAGGAGUCCCAGCACCUCCUCCCCGUGUCACCUCCUCCUCCGCCUCCUGUGUGAAUCAGUGCAGAGGGUAAAUGUGGGACAGAGAGGAGGCUGAUAACCACACAGACACACACUCCAUCACUGCUGCCUUCCCCCUGCCGUCCCCCGCACGGUGGGGGAGUCAUCAGGAGCGUUUUAAAGGGACAAAGAGACUAAAAUAAGACAAAAAACAUUUUUCCUUAAGUGGAUAUUUACAGAAUUUAUUUUUAAUUUUUUAUAAAAUAUGGCUGAUAAUGUCCUGGAGUCCUGUCCGCCUUCGGCCAAGAGGCCAAAACUAUCACCUCCACCUCUGUCUGAUGGAAACGAUUUUGGUUCCCUGUUCGACUUGGAGCACGACCUUCCAGACGAGCUCAUCAGCUCCUCGGACUUUGGCUUGACCAAUGGCGGGGACGUUAAUCUGCUCCAAACCGGGCUGGUAGGGGGGCAGGAUGCCGCUGUUAAACACAAACAGCUGUCUGAGCUGCUGAGGACCACCGCUCCGGCUCCGCAGGGUGGGCCUGGGUCCAACAGCACACCUGGUGGCCUGAUGGGGGGCCCUCAGGUCCUAGCCCCGCCUCAGCAGCAGGGUGGGAUGGGCGGGGGGCCUCUGAAUCGAGUAGCCAUGAUGGGUACUCAGAAGGUGAACAGCGGACUGCAGCAAGGGCUGAUGGGGGGUCAGAUAAUGAACGGCUCGCCUCGGCUUGGUUACCCCGGAGGUGCAGGGAUGGUUAACAGUAAUAUGUCACCUGAUGGCAUGCAGCCAAUCAGAGCACAGCAACCUGCAGCACUGAACAAGAUGAAUAUGAUGUCCAAUGCUGGCCCCUAUGGUGGUCCUUAUGGUCAGUCUGGGCUCUCAGGGCCUCCAGGAGCUGGGCUGGGCCCUCAGCUUCAGAAUCAAACCAACAUGGCCGCCCAGUUCAACAUGGACAAGAAGACGGCGGCGCAAGGCCAGAGCAUGACUGGGACGGGGUCUCAGCUCGGAGCGCUCACAGGUGUGUCUCUCAGCGGUCCGGUGGGUGGGGCCCAGAUGGGUCUGAACUCUGUGGGUGCGUGUCCCGGCACCGCGCCCCCUGCCGCAGAGCCGGAAAAACGUAAGCUGAUCCAGCAGCAGCUGGUCCUGCUGCUUCAUGCUCAUAAGUGUCAGCGCCGAGAGCAGGCCAACGGAGAGAUGAGGACGUGUAACCUGCCGCACUGUCGCACCAUGAAGAACGUCCUGAAUCACAUGACCCACUGCCAGGCUGGAAAGACCUGCCAGGUGGCUCACUGCGCGUCGUCCAGACAGAUCAUCUCUCACUGGAAAAACUGUACGAGACACGACUGUCCGGUGUGUUUGCCGCUGAAAAACGCUGGAGACAAGAGGAGCCAGCAGUCUCUCUUGAACAGCGCCGGUUUGAUGAACUCUUUAGGUCCGGGCGGUCCUGGCGGUCAGUCCACCACCCCCACCCUUAACCCUCCUAACCAGAUCGACCCUGGUUCAAUAGAGAGAGCCUACGCUGCGCUUGGCCUUACCUACCAGGGGAAUCAGAGCCCCCAGAACAACCUGCAGAACCUGCAGAGCCCACCAGGGGUCAGGACGCUCAGCAACAUGGGAGGAAACUCAAUGAACGGUGGAGUGAACGUUCAGUCAAACCAGACGUCCAACCUGCUGCCAAACAACAUGAUGCACAACAACAUGAACACGCACAGCCUGAUGAACGAUGGUUUGGGGUCUCAGGGCUCGCUGCCCACAGCAGCUCCUCCAUCUGCAGACAUGAGGAAGUCGUGGCACGAAGACAUCACGCAGGAUCUCCGAAACCACCUCGUACACAAACUUGUGCAGGCAAUCUUCCCCACCCCUGAUCCAGCUGCCCUGAAGGAUCGGAGGAUGGAGAAUCUGGUAGCCUACGCCAGAAAGGUGGAGGGAGACAUGUACGAGUCAGCCAACAGCAGGGCGGAGUAUUACCACCUGCUGGCGGAAAAGAUCUACAAGAUCCAGAAGGAGCUGGAGGAGAAGAGGAAGACACGGCUGCAGAAACAGGGCGGGAUGCCGGGACAGCCUGGCAUCUCCUCCCCCCCUCUGGGCAUGGGACAGCCUCCCAUUCUCCCGGGACAGCCUCCAUUUAACUCAGGACAGCCCCCCAAUGGUCCUCACAUCGAUCCGUCCAUGGUCCGACCAGCUGGAGCCAAUCAGGUGCUUAACAGGAUGCAGAGCCCUACAGGACUGAAUCAUUUUGGUCAGGUGGGCGUUCAGAGGAUGACUCCUCCACUUCCUCCUAACACUCAGAUCAACCAGAUGAACCAUGUGUCCACGCCGCCCCCCCUCCCAGCCUGUGGCCCUGCAGCUCUGUCCUCCCUGGCUCCGGGCCCUGGAGCUCCUGCAGGCUGCGGGUUGCCUGAUGUAGCAAAUAUUGCUGGGCCUCCAUCCUCCACCCAGACCACCUCGCUCUCUCACAGUCUCCCUGUUAGAACAAACUCGCCCUCACCCGCUCACAGUUCGACAUCUCAACCACACCAAACUCCGCCCACGUUACCAAGGAGUCUGACCCCGCACACCCCCUCCACCCCACAGCAACCACCGGCUCCUCCCUCUCAGCAGGAGGCGUCGGGGGAGACAGGGAGCUCUGAACAGGCCAGUCAGCUUCCUCAGCAGAUGCAUGGAAGUGCAGAUUCCUUGACUCCCCAGACAGGUCAGGUACCUACCCAGAAUGCUUCAGUGCCUCUGCAGCGGCCACAGACGCCGCUGUCACCCAAACCCUCGGGGUCCGCAGACGCUUCGGUGUCCUCUCCAGUAUCUCCCAACAGCUCAGAUCCCGCUCCGAUCCAGGAGGAUGUAAAGAUGGAGGUGAAGAAGCAGGAGGAGGAGCAUGAGGAGGAGCAUGAGGAGGAGAGAGGAGAGAGCCAAGAGGGGAAAGGAAAGAUGGAAAAAGGUCACUCUGAUGUGAAGAAAGAGGAGGAAGCAGAGGUGAAGACGGAGGAGCCAUCAAGUGAAGGGUGUAAAAGUGAGCCCAUGGACACGUCCUCUGUGUCUUCGUCAGUAUCUACAGGUGACGACAAGAAGGAGGUGAAGAAGGAGCCAAAAGAGGAGGAAGAGGAGGAGAAGGGGGAGGAGGAGGGGUCAGGGUCCACAGCCGUCACUCCGAGCAAAAAGAAAAUCUUUAAGCCGGAGGAGCUGCGUCAGGCUCUCAUGCCGACCCUGGAGGCGUUGUACCGGCAGGACCCUGAGUCCCUCCCUUUCCGUCAGCCGGUGGACCCGCAGUUACUGGGAAUACCCGUACGUAUUCGAACUAGUAACAAAACUAACCUGGACUACUUUGACAUCGUGAAGAACCCGAUGGACUUGUCCACCAUUAAGAGGAAACUGGACACGGGUCAGUACCAGGAGCCCUGGCAGUACGUUGAGGAUGUCUGGCUGAUGUUUAACAACGCCUGGCUAUACAACCGCAAAACAUCCCGAGUCUACAAAUACUGCUCCAAACUCGCAGAGGUUUUCGAGUCGGAGAUCGACCCGGUCAUGCAGGACCUGGGAUACUGCUGCGGGAGGAAGUUUGAGUUUUCUCCACAAACUCUGUGCUGCUAUGGAAAACAGUUAUGCACCAUCCAACGAGACGCCACAUACUUCAGCUACCAGAACAGUUCACCAAAAUAUGGGCUUCUCGCUGACAGGUACCACUUCUGUGAGAAGUGUUUCAGCGAGAUCCAGAGCGAGAGCGUUUCCCUGGGAGACGACCCCUCGCAGCCUCAGACGUCCAUCAAUAAAGAUCAGUUUGAACGGAAGAAGAACGACACGCUAGACCCUGAACUCCUUGUUGAAUGUUUGGACUGUGGACGUAAAAUGCAUCAGAUCUGUGUCCUUCACAAUGAAACCAUUUGGCCUUCAGGCUUCGUUUGUGACGGCUGCCUCAAACAAUCCAACAAGUCACGGAAAGAGAACAAAUACGCCGCCAAGAGACUUCCUCAGACAAAGUUGGGGAACUUUUUGGAGACGAGAGUGAACGACUUUUUGAAGCGUCAGAAUCACCCCGAGUGUGGAGAGGUGACCAUCAGGGUGGUGCACGUCUCUGAUAAGGUGGUGGAGGUAAAACCGGGCAUGAAGGCCAGGUUUGUGGACAGCGGAGAGAUGGCCGAGUCCUUCCCUUACAGAACAAAAGCUCUGUUUGCAUUUGAAGAAAUUGACGGAGCAGAUGUCUGCUUUUUCGGCAUGCACGUCCAAGAGUACGGCUCUGACUGCCCACCACCCAAUCAGAGACGAGUUUACAUCUCUUACCUGGACAGCGUGCACUUCUUCAAACCUCGACACAUGAGGACGUCUGUGUACUACGAGAUCCUGCUGGGUUAUCUUGAGUACGCAAAGAGACAGGGGUUCACAACCGGUCAUAUCUGGGCGUGUCCACCUAGCGAGGGAGACGAUUACAUCUUCCACUGUCACCCAACCGACCAGAAGAUCCCCAAACCUAAACGCCUGCAGGAGUGGUACAGAAAGAUGCUGGACAAGGCCGUGUCAGAACGCAUCGUUCAUGAUUAUAAAGACGUCUUCAAACAAGCAACAGAGGACCGUCUGACCAGUGCCAAAGAGCUGCCAUACUUCGAGGGCGACUUCUGGCCCAACAUGCUGGAGGAGAGCAUCAAGGAGCUGGAGCAGGAGGAGGAGGAACGGAAGAGGGAGGAGAACAGCACCUCCAAUGAGAGCACAGACGCCUCGAACGGUGACAGCAAGAAUGACAAAAAGAAGAACAACAAAAAGACGAGUAAGAACAAGAGCAGUCUGAGCCGAGCCAACAAGAAGAAACCGGGGAUGCCAAAUGUUUCCAAUGACCUCUCCCAGAAACUGUACGCCACCAUGGAGAAACACAAAGAGGUGUUCUUUGUCAUCCGCCUCAUUGCUGUACCCACUGCCAACUCGCUGCCCCCAAUUGUUGACCCUGAUUCCCUAAUGGCAUGUGACCUGAUGGAUGGGCGAGACGCCUUCCUGACGCUGGCAAGAGACAAACACCUUGAAUUUAGCUCUCUACGGAGGACCAAGUGGAGCUCCAUGUGUAUGCUGGUGGAGCUGCACAACCAGAGCCAGGACCGCUUCGUCUAUACCUGCAACGAGUGUAAACAUCAUGUGGAGACACGCUUCCACUGCACUGUCUGCGAGGACUACGACCUGUGCAUCACAUGCUACAACACCAAAGGUCACGAGCAUAAGAUGGACAAACUGGGACUUGGACUGGAUGACGACAGCAGCAACCAGGCCGCAGCAGGAACUCAGAGUCCUGGGGAUUCUCGCCGCCUCAGUAUCCAGCGCUGCAUUCAGUCUCUGGUCCAUGCAUGUCAGUGCCGCAACGCCAACUGCUCCCUGCCAUCAUGCCAGAAGAUGAAGCGUGUCGUUCAGCACACCAAGAGCUGCAAGCGAAAAACAAACGGGGGCUGUCCCAUCUGCAAGCAGCUCAUUGCUCUGUGCUGCUACCAUGCCAAACACUGUCAGGAGAACAAAUGUCCAGUCCCCUUCUGCCUCAACAUCAAACAGAAGCUUCGUCAGCAGCAGCUGCAGCACCGCCUUCAGCAGGCCCAGAUGUUACGGAGGAGGAUGGCCAGCAUGCAGCGGGUGGGACAACCUGGGGGACCUGUCAUGGGGCUUCCAUCACCCAAUGGGACAACUGCACCAAGUACCCCAACAUCAGCAGGAACCCAACCCUCAACACCCCAGACCCCAACCCAGACUAUGCCUCCACAGCAGCCUCUGGGUCCUGGUUCUGGAGUCCAGCAGCAGCAACCAGGUGGGAUGCACCCUCAACAACCCCACCAUCCUCAGUUCCAUCAAAUGGCUGUUGGAGGAAGUGGGGUCGGGGGAUUAAUGAGCUCUCCUCAACAUCAGCAGCAGCAGCAAGGUGGAUCAAACACUCAGCAGCUCCAGCAGAACCCCAACAAUCUGCCUCUGUACACCAGCAGACUUCCAGGUUCGUCCCCCAUCCAUCAGUCCCAGGGAAAACCAAUCCUUGGCUCUGCAACGCCCCCACGGCAGCAGCAGUUGGGUGGAGCAGGAGGUGUUGGAGGGCAACAAAAUCCCAGCCAAACCCCCCUACCUCAGCAGCAGCAUCAGCCACAAUCCGGUCCACCCCCUGCAGCUGUAGAAAUAGCAAUGAAGAUCCAGCAGGUGGCCGAUGCUCAGAGGAAGAUGGCUCUACAGAGGCAAACCACGCCAGGAAUGAUCCCCCCACACCCUCACCAUCAGCAGGGUGCAGGUCAGCAGAUGGGCAUGGGACACCCAGGGGGUCCAGGGACUAUGGGAAACCAAGGAAUUCCCCCCCAGAACCCGGGGGCCAUAGCAGCAGCCCGAGGUCACAUGGAUCCACAACCAGUAGCUUCAUCAGGGAUGAUGGUCGGUGCAGGUGGUCCCAUGCAGAAGGCCCCACAACAGGGCAACCUCCCCCCUGGUCAGCUCCCCUCUCAGGUCCAGCUUCAACAGCAAAGGAUGGGGGCUCCACACCAAAACUCUCAGCAGCAGCAGUGGGGGGGUCAGGGGAUGCCCCCCCAGCAGAGACAGGCCAUGAUGAACCAGAUGAACAAUCAAGCCAUGAUGGCAGCUCAGCAACAUGGGGCUCAGCAACAUGGGGCACACCAACAGACUCAGGGCCACACAGCCUUAAUGAACAUGGGACAGCAACAGGGUGCAGGUGGAGGGGUCCCAGCGGGAGCAAUCCCUGGUGCUGCUGGUGGGAACAUCCCCCAGGCUGCCUUGCAGGAGCUGUUACGAACUCUCCGUUCACCUAGCUCCCCGCUGCAACAGCAGCAAGUCCUUAACAUCCUGCACUCAAACCCACAACUCAUGGCGGCUUUUAUCAAGCAGAGGGCUGCAAAGUACAAAGGGGGGGUGGGAGGACAGGCUGGUCCCCCUGGAAAUGUGCCAGGAAGUGUUCCAGGAGGUCCUGGUGCGACCGCAGGUCCUGGAUUUAACAUGGCUGGAGGGGGUCCACAGGUGAACAUGAAUGCUCCAGGGCAGGGGAUGCACAUGGGGGGCCAAGGGGGAUCCAAUGUUACCAUGGCAACUAUUGCUCAGCUUCAGCAAGUACAGCAGCAACAGCAAUUACAACAACAACAACUGCAACAGCAGCAACAACAGCAACAUUUGCAGCAGCAGCAGAGGCCGUUGCCUAAUACUGUACAGCAGCAAGGGGUAGCGCAGAUGGGAAAUCUCAACAAUCCCCAGUUCAAAGAGAUUCUCAUGAGACAACAUCUCCAGCAACAACAGCAGAGACAACAACAGCAGCAGCAAAUGGCGGUAGGUCCAGGUCAGAUGGGCGUAGGUCCUGGUCAGAUGGUGGGAGGUCCUGGUCAGAUGGUGGGAGGUCCUGGUCAGAUGGCAGGAGGUCCUGGCCACCUGGGGGUAGGUCCUGGUCAGAUGGGAGUAGGUCCUGGUCAGAUGGGUGUAGGUCCAGGUCAGAUGGGGGCAGGUUCCGGUCAGAUGGGGGUAGGUCCCGGUCAGAUGCGGGCAGGUCCCGGUCAGAUGGGGGUAGGUCCUGGUCAAAUGGGCGUAGGUCCCAGUCAGAUGUCAGGAGGUCCCAGUCAGAUGGGUGUAGGUCCUGGUCAGAUGGGUGUAGGUCCUGGUCAGAUGGGCGUGGGUCAUGGUCAGUUCCAACAACCUCCUCAGGUUCAGAACUAUGGCGGUCCCUCUGGCAUACCGCCCAAUGCAGGAGGCCAAGGUCCCCACUCAGACACUCCCGUACAGCCCCAAAUGGGUCAGCAGGGUUCAGGCUUUCCUUCAGCCCUGCAGCAGCAGCAGAGGCUCCACCCCCACAUGCAUCUUCAAGGGGUUGAGGGGGGGCCAGGUGGAGGAGGUCCCCUACAGCCCCCUCAGAGUGGCCCCCCAACCUCUCAAGCUCUCCUCCAUCAGGCGCUUCACCAGAGACUGCUGCAGCAGCAGCAUCUGGGUUCAGGGGGGUCUCCAGGCCAGCACAGUGGUGCCAUGAGCCCUCAGCAGGUGGCCCAGUCCCCCCACCACCACCUGCAGGGUCAGACUCUGCCCCCCUCCCUUGCCAACCAGGUCCGAUCCCCACAGCCUUCACCCAGACCUCAGUCCCAACCACCUCACUCUAGCCCUUCCCCUCGCCUGCAGCCCCAGCCCUCUCCGCAUCACAUCUCCCCCCAGGUGCAGACGGGGUCACCUCACCUGAACCAGCACCACCCAGGCCUGGUGCCCCCCCAACAGCAGAACUCUCUGGACCAGUUUGGACCAGAUCAGAGCGCCAUGCUGUCUCAGAUGGGCACCAUGGGUGGUCUACACGGUCCUGGGGGGCCAGGUCAGGACACUCUGCGACAGACUCUGAAUUAGAACCCUUUAGACCUGAUGUGACUGUGUCAAAGUCUCACCUGGAUGUAUUGUUCACCUGGAGAAGCCACUCAACUGGAGGGAUCCCUCACCUGGAGGAGUCGCUCACCUGGACAGUGUUACGGUUUCUUUUAGAUGUUAUUUAAAAUGUUUUUGAAUAAAGUUUUUUUGAAUGAGCUUCCUAUGGGAGAUGAACAAUAAAUCAAACAGUCAGUAUAUAAUUUAGAAUCAAAUUAAUCUAAUUUAUUGCUGUUAAUAUAUUUUUUUCGUGGAUGGGUUGUGGUGGGUUUCCCUCCCUCACCUCCACCUCUCAGAGAAAGGAGAUAUUUUCGGGGUAAAGCGAAUUAAAUAUGUUUUGUAUUAAGUCUUUAAGAUUUAAAAGUGUUAGAGAAUGAAAGAGAUGAUUUAAUGUAAUGACCUUUUUAUUUUUUAUCAUUUUUAUUUCCCAUCAUGCAGUCUGUUUUUUUCUGCAGUGUGAUGUGGAUUAUUCAAACAUGAAGCAUCUCUUCUACUCUGUGUUUUUGAUUGAUUUAUUUAUUCUCUGUGGGAGGAUAAUGUACCCUGAGACUGCUACGGUUCAUAUAGAAAUAUAUUUUUGUUAUUGUCUGUUAAGGUGUCGGCUGGGUCGGUGGAUUAUAAUUCUUUAGCUGUGCGUGUUCAGGCAGAAUAAUUAAAGCUCAGUGUUUUUUCUCAGCUGUUUUCUGACUUUCUGAUCGAACCCUCCUCCCUCGAAUGUGUGCGCUCUCUCUCCUUUAAAGACACUUCACAUGGAGCAGCAUGGGGAGGGGGUGCUCACCUGUGUGCCUCACACCUGGGAUUUGAAACAAGGGGGCGGGGCUUCUGUUAGUGUUAGUAGGCUUCUUCUGUUCAGAGUUAACUGAAGAUUUUUGAUCCAAAUGAACUGUUGCACAGAAACGAGGAGAGCAGAUGUCUGAACACUUGGUGUCUGUUUUUCCUCCUCGUCACCUUUGCUGCUUCCUCGGAACUUUAAGUACCCCCUGCUCUCCCUCCCUCAGACUCCUUCCUGUUUAUCUUUCCGCCAUUAUUGGGAGUUUAAUUUAAUAUUUUUUACUGUACAGAGGAAACUUCAAUAGUUUUUUAUAAUAAAAUGAAAAUUACCAUCACUGUUGGUUCCUGAAUGUCUUUUUUCAGUUGCCCAUGAGUAAGAAAAACAAAUACAUGAAUUCUGAUUCUUUCAAAAAACACUUGCUUGGUUGGCUCUUUUCAUUUAUGUAUGCAUGUGUUUAUUUAAAUUAACUUUACUGAAUACAUUCACAGUAAAGUUUAAUUGGAUUACAACUGCCCAUCAUUGAUUGGCAGUGAUGCCUUUUCUAAGAGCAAUGCGCCCUCUAGUGGGGACAAGUAACAUUACAACCUUUUUCAUCAAGGCAGAAAUACUGGAUGGAUCUCCACACUUCCCCCCUCAUCACAAGAGUGUUUCAGAGGGAAUUUUUGCCCAUUCAUUCCGCAGAGUAUUUAUCCUAA